AUGACUUCGGAGGCAAACGGCGAUGUCUGGAGGCGGAGAUCGACACCGCCGGCAAAGCUGCCGCCCCCUACCCCAGCGGAGUUCAAGGGCACUCCGGGAUCGAUUUUUCAUACAUUAUUGGCACUUAUCUUGUGGCUUGGUUCCGUCCAUUUUAACUUUAUCGUCAUCUUGCUUUCCUUCGUCUUCCUCCCUUUUCCCAUAGCACUCGGAGUCAUAGGAUUGCUGCUCAUAUUCAUAGUAAUCCCAAUUGAUGAGCGGAGUAAGUGGGGCCGUAAACUAUCCAGGUAUAUAUGUAAGCACGCCGUUGGUUAUUUUCCGGUGUCUUUGUAUGUGGAGGACAUUAAAGCCUUUGAUCCUAAUGAGGCCUACGUUCUCGGUUAUGAGCCACAUUCAGUUUGGCCUAUUGGAGUUGUUGCACUUGCUGACCUUACAGGCUUCAUGCCUCUCCAUAAAAUCAAAGUUCUUGCCAGUACCGCUGUGUUUUACACUCCAUUCAUGAGACAUGUAUGGUCGUGGUUGGGACUUUCACCUGCCUCAAGGAAAAAUUUUACUACCCUUUUGGCGUCUGGUUAUAGCUGUAUCAUUGUACCAGGGGGAGUUCAGGAGGCCUUCUAUAUGGAGCGUGGCUCUGAGCUAGCCUUUAUUAAGAAAAGAAGAGGAUUUGUACGUAUAGCUAUGGAGAUGGGCAAACCGAUGGUUCCUGUUUUCUGCUUUGGUCAGUCUGAUGUGUACAAGUGGUGGAAGCCUAGCUGGAAACUUUAUAGGGAGUUUGCAAGAGCUAUAAAGUUUGCUCCAAUAAUAUUCUGGGGUGUACUAGGUUCACCUCUACCUUUUAGGCAUCCAAUGCAUGUGGUGGUUGGUCGGCCAAUUGCAGUCGAGAAGAAUCCACAACCGACAGUGGAAGAGGUCGAUAAAGUCCAUGCCCAGUUUGUUGAAGCACUUGUAGAUCUGUUUGAAAGGCACAAAGCAAGGGUUGGUCAUGGUGAACUACAACUGAGAAUUCUGUAG